GGAGACUUGCAAGGCUCGUCUCUUCGGCUCCCUGUCUGACCUCUGUAACGGAGCUCCAACGGUGAAGAUAUAUCGGAAGGAAGAAGGAGCCCUUUGUUUGGUUUAGUCAUCGACGACGCGGCCUUUUGGACGUCGGAUAGGGAUGCCGACGAUCAGAUACCAGAUAAAGAACGAGUAUGGCUUGGGCAGGUCGGAGCUCUAUGGAGCUGCGGACAAGAAUGACCCUGAAGCACUUCUCGAGGGUGUCGCCAUGGCUGGACUGGUCGGCCUCUUAAGGCAGCUUGGCGAUCUCGCAGAGUUUGCUACAGAGGUGUUCCACAAUUUGCAUGAAGAAGUAAUGAACACUGCUUCUAGAGGUCAUAACAUGAUACUUCGAGUCCAACAGCUAGAGACACAGCUUCCAGCAUUAUCAAAUGGCCUUUUUCAUGGGAGUGGAUCUUCAUGUUUGUCUUGUAGGGAAGGUAUUGAUUGGCACUGUAAUAUCCAAGUGGACCAUAAUCUAAUCACUGCAGGAGAUAUGCCGCAUUUUUUCAUGGAUAUGUAUGAAGAAUGUCAUGAUCCACCACAGUUAUUCAAGCUAGACAAGUUUGAUGUUGGUGGUGAUGGAGCAUGUUUGAAGAGAUACAGUGAUCCAUCCCUUUUUAUGAUGGAAUUGACAUCCUCCAGAUUGGUGGAACAUGACCCUCGGAGAGAAAAAAGAACUUGCAAAACAAAGAAGAAGGUAUCAUUUUCCUGUGGUGGUGAACCACCUAAAUAUUUCUUAAUGUCUCACUUUGAUUCCAGAUUGCAGCCUGCUACUUCUGGCCAAGUUCUUGACAAAGUAACCUUACAACAUGUCAAGUUGAAACCUAGACAACUGAAUGAAUCAGUUAGUCACAGUCUAAGAAGUUACAUGGAGAAUCAUAUUGAUUUGCUUCCAACAGAGCAGCAAGUGGCUUCCGAGACAUCUAUAAUUCAAUCCAUCGGAAUGAAAUCUGCUGACUUGAUUAAGUCGGCCACUGAGGUGCAUGCAAUUGUAGUUGAUACAUCUUCCAACAGAGAGAAAAACCAAAGCCGAUCUCCUACCAAGCAGGAAAUGACAACUGCAGGUGACUCGGAGAAGCAGAAAAUAGAAAGGAUGAAUUUUUCAGAUAAACAGUUUGAGCCAACUAGUGAAGUACAAAACGUGCAUUCUGUCUAUUUUAUGCUGGAAGAAAAGGCAGUAGUUUCCAAGAAUAAAAAUAUAACUGAAGGCCGUUUAUAUGGUUCUCAGCCUAGUGAAGUAGACCUAAAUCUUUCAGUUGAUCAAGAAGUCGAACAAAAUGGAUUUUCACCUGAUGCUGAAUGUAGAUCACAAAACAGUUCUGAUGGCUAUAUUUCUGAUGAGAUUUCUAGUGACUUGGACAAUUACAUGGACGCACUUACCACAAUGGAAUCAGAAUUAGAAACAGAUGCUGAGAAUCAAGGUAAUACAGAUUCAGUUUUUGUCAGCACUGAAUCUCAAGAGACAGAUUCUGAUGCAAGUGAUGCUAAUGAGGAACAGGAGGAGUUGCAAGCUCAAUAUUCUAAACAGUAUUUUAUCAAAAAUUCUGCUUCAUCACCAGGUUUCACUACAAUAUUCAGGAAAGGGGCAGCAAAUCUUUCCUUCUCAGAUACUUUAGGUCAUAUGGCUGCUCAAUUAUUAGAAGAGAACAAGAAUGACUCUGAUUUUCCUCCAGAGUCAGAUGUUGGCCUAGGCGAAAUGAAGGGUACCCAUUUUGAGCAGACAUAUAAUGAGCCUGUGAAAUGCAAAUCUUCAGAGCAUUCACUUCUAAGGGCAUCAGAUGUUUCUUCAUCUGCUGUACACAGAGAAGCAUUUUGUAGAUCUUCUAUCACAGACUUAACUUCUACAAUCUCAUUGGUUACGUUAAACAUUAUGGAGACAUCCCCAUCUUAUGAGAGAAAAACUGACCAAGCUGUAAGCCAUUUGGAUGGUGAGUCACCAUGCAAAGUAGAUGCUUCCGAACUCCCUUCUGAAGAAAAGAUUAACAUGUUACAUGGAGAGUUUGCUAAAAACCCUGGCAUCUUAUCUGAUUCUCUACACCAUAUGACAGACCUAAAGCUUUUGAUGAAAGAUGAUAUUCCUAAAGAAAGUGAUCCCAAUGAAUAUAUCAAGGAGCAAAGCACACAUGAUGUGGUGAGUUCUAACAGGCCGGUGCUUCACUUGCAGAAACAACAUGAAACUGCUCUUGAAGUAGGUACCACAGAUAUCGAAGUCUCAGACCAUAUAAAGUCUCAAGAGUCAGAAAAGCAUGAUCAAGGAGCUUGUUGCCUUGUGAAGCCUGCUGUACUGGAUGAAGAUUUGGGAAAUGCCAUCACAGGUAAUGACAGUUUAGCAGCUUCAACAUUGGUAUUAACACAUGAAAAUGCCGAUGCUGUAACCCAAGGAAUAACUCCCAUACCUAACAUGUCAACCAGUAAGGAGGAUAUUUUAUCUGGGGCACAUGAAUCUCCAUGGACCUUUACUGGACAAAAAGCAUUUUCUGAUAACACGGAUGUCCUGUCUGAACCUGUUGGAAUAAUCUUAUCUACUGAAAAUGAACUGCCGAAAUGCAAUCCAGAAGAAUCAGGUGACGACAUUACCAGUGAUGUUGAUUUUAGCGAAUCUAACAUGCCAUCAUCAAAUGAAACCAUAUGUGGGGAACUUUCUUUUGAAGGAUCUAUUCCAUUUCAAUGCAAUUCUGAUUUGCAUAAAAAUACCUCCGGUUCUGUUUCGGUACCUGCUCCACUAAUCCGGUUGAAUAAGGACUCGAUAUCUGAAACUAUUCUGCAGCAAUCUUCUGAACAGCAGCCACAACUAGCUUCGAGUGCACCACUUCCAGAGGAUAAUGUUACAUCGGAAGAUACUAAAGAGAUACUUCCAGGGAGAUUGACAAAACCCCCUCGGGCUUCUCUUGUCUCCAGUUGUAGUGUGGCCCAACCUCCAAGUGGAUCAAACACUGACAUAUCAUUAUCAACCGUUGAGAACGAACAUUCAGGAGAGUUACUAGCUGGAGUUGAAAUUGCAGGGUCAGAUUGUACCGUGCAGUCUCCAAAAUCAUGUGAUAUAACAGUAGCUGUCAAGGGUGGCUACGAAGAUAUCUUACACUCAGAAAGAAAGUUGGUGCACCUGGCUUUGGAGUUGCCACACGAAGAGGACAAGCAGGUGCAUGAUGGCAACGCAUUUGAAGAAGAUUGCAUGAGAGCAACAGAACUGCCAUCAACUGUAGAAAAUGAAAGCUCUCGAGACAUUUCUGUAUCGAAAGGUUCAAAAACAUAUCCUCCAACAUUGUCAGAGGUAAUUCCAAGUUUAAAUGAGAGGUGUCAAGAUUUAGAACUAAAGAGAUCUCAGAAUGGUAUUGCAGAUGGUGAGAAGCACAAGGACACCCACGAAGUUGCUGGUUCUGCCUUAACUGUUAAUGGUAAGCUUCCACUACCGCUAUCCACAAAACCUAAGAAAUCUGGACAUGGAUCUCUUUCUACAGAAGAAAAGGAUUCAUCCUCUUUGCAUUAUUUAACCACACCGACUACAGAGAAUGAGAAACCCACAAACAAACUUCGCUUGGUUAUCAAUAGGCCUAAUGACCCCUUGAUUGAGGCUAUUGCAUCUCAUGACAAAAGCAAGUUGAGGAAGGCACCCCAGCUGAUUCAUUCUUCUGUCAUGCCAAAGUCCGAUGAAAAAGGAUCGUUUCUGGAGCAGAUAAGGAACAAAUCCUUCAACCUGAAACCAAUGGUGGCACCGACAGUGAAGUUCAAAGGUGGCCCUCCAACAGACGUAAAGGUCAUCGCCAUUUUAGAGAAAGCAAAUGCAAUCCGGCAGGCAUGUGCAGGAAGUGACGACGAUGACGAUGACGACGAAGAAGAAGAUAGCUGGAAGAGUGAUUCUUAAGAAUCACUGACCACAAGAAGUACUUACAGAACUUCAAACGGAUUCACUUUGCUAAUCAUUUUGAGAUUAGAACGAGGGGAUGAUCGAUAGAGUGUUGCUCAACGUUGAGAAUCACAUUCAUGGAACUACUGCUACUAUCUCUGUCACAUAUAUGAACGUUACUGUUCUUGUUCAGAUCAAGAUUGACAUGCCAUCCGGGUAGAGUGUAGUUAGUUG